GCUUUCUAACUCUGACUGAAACCAGUCAGAGGUGUAAGCAAAGCAAGAAGUGUCUCUUGUUGUUUGAAACCAGUCAAGAUGAGAGCUGGUGAAGACAUGAUUUAAACUCAUUAAAGGUCUUGAAUAUGGACUCUGUUCUUUGUCAACUAGAAACCACAUACUAACUUCUGUAACAGCUCUUAAAUGAACUAUAACCAGAAACUCCACAAUUCUACCUCACCCAUUGACAUCUUCAGAUCAACUCCUGCCUGACUCGUCUUAUUUUGUUCCUCGACAUUUGCAUGCCAGGCUACAGCCAUGCCUGAAAUAGUGGUGUCCGUGGAAAGUCAUUUGCCUGCAAUACAUGGAAAGACAAGAAGCCGAGCACACAAGCUCUCACUUGUCGCCGUCUUGCUGUCGGCACAUCUGAUGCUCUGAGUGCUGAGUUUUCUGUGGGACCUAAAAGUUCCAGCAGAGAUGGGGAUAAAGGAAAUGUUCACCCUGGCGAGGGUUCCCUCUAUCCUCUUGCUCGGGGUGCUUUACGUGGCCUACGUGCUGGUCGGGGGGUUGGUUUUCUGGAAGUUGGAGGGAGAUCUCGGAAAGAAGGACAUCACCCUUUUACUGUCCAGCAAGAAGAAGCUGCUUGCAAAGUACACCUGUCUGAACCAGGAGGGCCUGGAGGCAGUGGCUCAGGUUGUUCAGGAUGCUUCCAAGGUGGGCCUCAGUUUGAAAGGAAACUACACCUCAGACGGCUUCUGGAAAUUCACCAGCUCAGCGGUGUUCGCUGCCACCGUGGUCACAACUAUCGGUUAUGGGAACAUCAGUCCUGACUCCACUGCUGGACAGAUCUUCUGCGUGUUCUUCGCAUUAAUCGGGAUCCCGCUGAACAUGGUGGUGCUCAACAGGGUGGGCAAGUACAUGCUGGUGAUAGGGAGGAACAUCUCAGAGUUCCUGGAGGGGAAAACCAGGUGGAGGAAGUGCACCCGCUUUUUGGUCCACCUGGUGUCUUACCUGUCAGGAGCCGUUCUCUUCUUUGUUGUUCCUAUGAUUGUGUUCCAGCAGCACGAGGGCUGGACCUUCUCCCAGGCCAUCUACUACUGCUUCAUCACCCUCAGCACCAUCGGCUUUGGAGACUUUGUGGCAGACAGUAAUCCAGACAAAGUGUACCCGGACUGGUACAGCAUCCUCAUGGCCAGUUGGAUCUUCUUCGGCCUGGCCUGGCUGGCUUUGGUUAUCAAUCACACCAUCGACAUCCUGGAGCGGAUCAGCACCCACUUCAAACUGUGGUGGACCGGACAGACGGCGGAAGAGUCCGGCAGUGCGGAGGACGACAGUCCGGAGAUGCAGGAAACACAGGUGGAGGAGGAGGAAGAGAAGAAGUCUCCAAUAAUUGAGUAAACGUCUAAAUGAAUGUUCAGUAAGCUGACAUUAGUGAUAGAACAAUAAUAAUAAUAAUACUUUAUUUGUAUAGCACUUUUCUAUACAAGUGCUUUACAACAGAAAAUAAAAGCAGAGAGACAAUUAAAGCAACAGGCAGAGAGUAAACAAGCAGACAACAAAAUCAGACUAAUAAAAUAAAAAUAAGAACAAAUUACCGAAAUCACAGAGUAAAAGCAUUUUUUAUAAAAGAAUGUCUUAGGUAGAGAUGUAAAACAAGGGACUAAAUCUGCAAGUCUGAUCUCCUCUGGCAGGCUGUUCCAAAGUCUGGGGGCUCUAACAGCAAAGGCCCUGUCCCCUUUAACUUUUAGCCUGGACUUUGGAACAGCCAGUAGGGCUCUGCCAGAGGAUCUCAGACUGCGUAUUGGUUCAUAAGGGGUCAAAAGCUCAGAAAUAUAAGAAGGGGCCAGCCCAUGUUGUGCCUUAAUUAAAAGAAUCUUAAAAUCAAUUCUAAAAUCAGUGAAGGGAUGCUAAGAUUGGCGUGAUAUGGGACAUUUGUUUGUUGUAGUUUAAAGCCGGGCUGCUGCCUUUUGGAUAGUUUGAAGACGGUGGAUAGAUUUUUUUACUUAGACAGGUGUAUAAUGAAUUACAGUAAUCAAGCCUGGAGGAAAUGAAGGCGUGUAUGAGUUUCUCCAGAUCUUUUUGCGACGUGAGGGAUUUGACCUUUGCUAUAUUUCUGAGCUGGUAAAAACAGGACUGUACAACUUAAUCUGUCUAUGGAUCAGGAUGAGAGCAGCAGAGUCAUGGAAUCCAGCCAAUUUUAUAUAGGAUGUUGGUGUGUUUGAAGGAUGUAAAUAAUGAGAUACUGUGAUUAUGUAAUGUGUGACAGAUCAUCGGUUUGUACGUUUUGAUGCUUUUCUUCACAAGUGCGUUAAAAUAUUGACUUUUUUUUUGUUGAGUCAGCUUUGUUUCACAGCUUCAAUGCUUUAUCCACAUUCAGUUAAGUCUGUUAGCAUUAUAUUUACCAAUCUGUAAACUUCUAUUGUGUUCAUUUACCUGGUUUAUAAAGACUUCUGAGGUUUAAGACACUUCAUGGCGUGCACAACAUGAGAACAAUAUGCAAUGUGCAAUAACAAUGCUAAAUAUAGAGAUAAAAACAG